GUUACGUGACCACGUCGUGAGAUGACGUAAUCGACUGACCCACUCGCCCAAUUGACGUCGCAGACUCCGCCGCACCAAACACACUCAAGCGACGACGAAAUUAUAAAUCAAAACACCACACGGCCUCCAAGCAACGUUCCAGGAAGAAGGAGAAGUAGACGCUUGACACAAGAUGUCCCAGGACAAGAAUGGCUUCCCUGUGAUGGGGGAGUGCAACCCACUCCACAACGUCAAUGGCCCCCCGCAACAGGGCUUCACCAUGCCGCCGCCCAACUACAGCCAGGCCCCUGGAGGCCCGUACCCGCCAGCCGCCGGCUACGGCCAGCCGGGCUUCCCUCAGACAGGCUUUGGCCCCGCCCCUUACCCGCAGAUGCCCUACCCUCAGAUGCCCUACCCGCAGGGGCCCUACCCACAGGGGCCCUACCAGCAAGGACCCGGGCAGCCGGGCUUCCCUGGGGACCCCUCCGCACCUGCUGGUAGCCCCGGUUACCAUGGCGACGUGCCUCCCACUUACUACGACAAUGAGGACUUUACCAACUCUGGCUUUGAGGACAAAGGCAUCCGACGGGCCUUUAUCAGAAAAGUUUUCUUGGUCCUCACCGUGCAGCUGCUUGUCACCUUCUCCUUCGUGGCUGUGUUCACCUUCGUGGACGACGCCAAGGUGUUUGUACGUCGCAACCCGUGGACGUACUACAUCUCCUACGCGGUCUUCCUGGUGUCCCUAAUCGCGCUCAGCUGCUGUGGGGACUUCCGCCGCAGGCACCCCUGGAACUUGGUUGCGCUGGCCAUUCUGACCUUGAGCAUGUCCUACAUGGUGGGCAUGAUCGCCAGCUUCUAUGACACUGACACCGUCAUCAUGGCUGUGGGCAUCACCGCCGUGGUUUGCUUCACUGUGGUCCUCUUCUCACUACAGAGCAAGUACGACUUCACUUCCUGCCAAGGCGUGCUCUUUGUGUGCCUCAUCGUCCUCCUGCUCUUCGGCAUCCUCUGCAUGUUCAUCCGCCACAAGAUCCUGCACAUCGUCUAUGCCUCGCUGGGGGCCCUCUUGUUCACCUGCUUCUUGGCGGUGGACACGCAGCUUCUCCUGGGCAACAAGAAGCUGUCUCUGAGUCCCGAGGAAUACGUCUUUGCCGCCGUCCACCUCUACACGGACAUAGUCAACAUAUUCCUCUACAUCCUGGCUAUUGUGGGACAUUCCCGCGAAUGAGCAAAGCGGGAGCAAGUGGGCUUUCUUCCCUUUUUGGCGGUCUUUCCCCCCCCCCCCCCUCUUCUUUCCUUCUGUUCUUUCAUUUACUGACCGUUUUUUGCCAGUAGCGCCCUCGUGGUCUCUCUCCGUGUUUAAAACUCCCUGUGUGCUUCUGCUAACACAAAAUGGUCGCUCGCCGGCAACGUCUCCCAUCUGGAGACGCGUCCUAUCUCCCAUGCGUGUUUGCCACGUUCGACCGGAGUCAUCCCUCCGAUUGUAACUGCAUGGCAACGGCGGAAACACCACCCGACGGUCGUUUCUUGAAGCAUUAGUCAAUCGCCUUUGCGCAGUAGUCCCGCUCUAAAUAGUUCUACGUAGCACUAUACACGACUUAAUAAUCAUUGGGGGGAGCUGUAAUGUAGGGCUGGCCGACACUGAAGAAUGCUAUUUUCAUUGUUAAAACCAAACCAUUUCUUCUUAAUAGGUGCAUUAUUUAUAAAAAUAAAAAAAAUCAGAUUUGGUCCCUUCCUUCAUGUUCACCUCACGCUUUGGUACAGUGAGCCAGCAAAAUAUUGCACAAAAUCUACUCGCAAGACAUCGUCUAGUAAAUGCAGUCUACCCUGGAUGCCAAAUUAUAAAUUUAAAAUACUAAAUUUAUCACAACUUGUUUUUCUUUUCAUGACAGUUGCAACAUCAAUUUGGUUUGUCUUAAUUGCAAACAUUUUGUCUUAUUCCCAUGUCCCAUUCUAGUCAUAUUUUUCAGUUUAGUUUUCACUUGAUUUUGCUAAAACAGCGAGCCAGUCUCGGACACCCUCGCUCUGACUUUUCUAGUGCGGUAGCUCAACCUUGAAAAAGUGUGACAAUGAUGUACAAGUGAGCCUUUCGUCGUACUUCUUUUUUUCCCUUUCUCUUCCUGAUUGGUCAUUGGUGUGCAGUGAUCGUAUUUCUUUAUUGUGCUGUAGUUUCAUGUUUCCAUUAAGUAUUGGUAAGCUGCUUCACAUUAUUUACGGGAAUGACAACUAAAAAAGUAGCCGACCGCUGGAUUUAAACAUGCAACGGAGACAAAUACAUGAUAACUUAUUUAUUUAUUGAUCGUCAUGUAGAUGACAGUUGAGUUACUAACUCAGGACUGGAAAUGUUCAAACACUGGUGACAAAGUGACACUGAAGGUACCGCUGCAGUCUCACGCAGUGUUUUUAAUGAUUUGUCUGGCAUUUUAUUUCCCAUCCCAUGCAUGGCCUGUCGCAUGUGAAUUGUCAGCACAUAAUGCAGUUUGUAUUUGGGAAGGUUUGUUGCUUGGCAAAGAUGUUAAUAUCUAACGCAAGGCGUAGGUGUACAUAGAAGCGCUUAGAUGUGUAUAAGCCGGGUGCGCGUUUGCAUUGUACGUAGUAAUGCCUUCCAUUUGAGUGGAAACGCAUUCCUCCUCGCUGUCGGCUUCACAUUAAAACAUAACACGUGGAAUGUG